GUUUGCCAGCUACCCAUCUCAAUCCACGCCGUUAUGCCGUUGAUUGCUUGCGAUGGACUCCUUCCUCAUCCACACGCCUAGUGACCGCGAGCCCUCCAUAGCCGCAACAGUCGAGACGGCUUCUGACGUACCUGAUGACCAGAGCCUACCCUCCGUUGAAUCUUCCACCUCAAUAACUCCAAAGCGCAAACGUAUCACUACGGCCGAUGCCACGCGGCAACACACUCGAAAACCUCAAGGAUCCGAGCCCAAGGCUCGAACCAACUACACUGCAUAUCCACGUGGACCACAUAUAAGUGGCCCAUCUCUAUUACAUCCACUUUGCCGCGGCUCCCACUGGAACGGCGCCCAGGCGCCGCAAUAGAAUCGGCGCCCGGGCGCCGCGAUAGCGUUUUUAUGGGUCAAUGCGUCUUCCAUUGGCUAGGCACGUCAACGCGUUUAGUAUUAUGAUUCAGG